AUGACAUUAGCUGAUCGUUUUUCAACAAUAGAAGAACAUUUAGCAAGCGAUGAUAAUGAAUUAAAUAAACUAGAUAUUACUAAUCCAGUUGAUCGUACUCGCUUGAUUAAACAAGCUCGUCUUUUAGAUGAUAAAACAAAUCAAUCAUUGACAUUAAAACGACGAUCAGCUAGUUCAGUUUCAGUUGUUUAUCCAUACGCUGAACAAACAAGUAAUCUAAUGGAACGAGAAGAAAAAAUCAUUGCUGUUGAUGAUAAUGGAAAAAUUCAAACUAAACUUGCAUCAUCAUCAUCAUCACCGCUUGCUUAUCAAGGUGUAUUGAGAAAAACUCCAUCGACAUCAGUUCAUGGAAUGCGAACAAUAAAAUCUCUUUCUGUUGUUCUCGGUACUGAUCGUCUUAAACGACUUGAUUCUUCGACAUCAUUAUUUCAACGACAAACAUCAUUUAUAAUUGUACCUGUUCAAACAUUGGGUAGUAAACGAUUCAAACUUGGCGCUACAACAUCAUUUCUAACUCAUUCACUUGCUAAUCAUGGUCUAAUUGAAUAA